UAGACUUUUGUAAACAUACAUAGAACCGAAAUAUCUAUGCUGAAACCGCUUUGUUUGGAAGAUCCACGAGGGAAUACUGAUAAUAAAUUUUAAUAAAACUAUAAUAUAGAAUUUGGUAUUUCCAUUUUGUUUUGAGUGUUUGAAUGUUUUCUUGGAUUUAAAAUUUCAAUCUGUUGGGUUUACUUUUGUACUGGAGAAUUUGUGGCGGUUUUGGUGAUUGCCGUUUUCUUCUUAUUUUUUAUUUUAUUACUUUUAUAAUUUUAAUUUUUUGUUUUGGUCCCGUGCGGUCAGUUAAUUAAUGAACAAUUAGCUUGGAGAUCGUUUUCAUCAGAGAGGUAGUCAUGUUUUCGAUCUGCAAAUUGACCCACCCAGCGACAGGGAUCGAACAUGCGAUCACUUGUUACUUUUUUAACCGGAUAGAAAAGUCGCUCGUUGUCGCCGGGGCCAAUGUUAUCCGUGUAUUCCGUUUCAUGCCUGAAAUUGAUAUUCACAAAAGGCAUACGUACACAGAAAAAAAUCCACCAAAAAUGAGGCUGGAAUGUGUCGCUUCGUACACACUGUUUGGCAACGUCAUGUCCAUGCAGUGUGUCAGUUUUAUCGGUUCACAAAGGGAUUCGUUGCUACUUAGUUUUAAAGAUGCUAAAUUGAGUGUCGUAGAGUACGAUCUAGACACAAAUUCUUUGCACACAGUUUCUUUGCAUUAUUUUGAAGAAGAAGAAAUGCAGGGAGGAUGGACACAACAUUACAGCAUACCAAUCGUGAGAGUUGAUCCUGAGGGGCGUUGUGCGGUGAUGUUGAUAUAUGGGAGAAAGCUGGUAGUCUUGCCAUUCAGGAGGGAAAAUCCUAUUGAAGACCCUUCGGUGACCAAUUUAGACCCGACGCCAACCCCAGUACAAAACCGUCCUCCUGUCCUCACAUCUUACACUAUUGUAUUGAAAGAAAUAGAAGAAAAAAUGGAAAAUAUAUUGGAUGUGCAAUUUUUGCAUGGCUAUAAUGAGCCCACCCUUCUCAUACUGUUUGAACCAAUGCAGACCUUUCCAGGGAGAAUUGCUGUUAGAAGAGACACAUGUUGUAUGGUUGCGAUUUCUUUAAAUAUGGACCAAAAGGUACAUCCUGUGAUUUGGUCUGUGAACAAUCUACCCAUGGAUUGUUUUAGCUUGGUACCCGUGGCUAAACCUUUGGCUGGCACAUUGGUUUUAUCCCACAAUGCGUUAAUUUACUUGAACCAAAGCGUUCCGCCAUAUGGAGUAAGUCUUAAUUCAAUCACUGAAGUCAGCACCGGAUUCCCUUUAAAGGUACAAGAUGGUGUAAAGAUCUCUUUGGAAGGAGCCCAAGUUUGUUUUCUCAGCCACGAUAGACUUGUUAUGUCUCUCAAGGGAGGAGAAUUAUACGUAUUGACACUUCAUGCCGAUAGUAUGAGGAGUGUGCGUAGUUUUCAUUUUCAGAAAGCUGCAGCCAGCGUCUUAACAACUUCUAUGUGCCUGUGUGAAGAUAAGUUUUUAUUUUUGGGAUCGAGACUUGGGAAUUCACUUUUAUUGAGACUAACUGAGAAAGAAUAUUCUUCAGAUGUAAAACCAGUCAUUCCUGUUAUAGAUUUGUGCCAACCUCCUCCUGUCAAAAAGAAAAGACUUGAUACAUUAGGGGAUUGCAUGGCAACUGAUGUAACUGAAAUUCGAGAUGAGGAUGAAUUAGAGGUGUAUGGGAAUGAAGUGCAAACAUCAGUCCAAAUAUGUUCUUAUUCUUUUGAAGUUUGUGACAGUUUACUGAAUAUUGGCCCUUGCGGAAAUGUUUCAAUGGGCGAACCGGCAUUUCUCUCUGAAGAAUUUACGAACAGUCCAAAUCCAGACAUAGAACUAGUCACUAGUUCAGGUUACGGAAAAAAUGGUGCUUUAUGUGUUCUUCAACGUUCUAUAAGACCUCAGGUAGCCACAACAUUUGAACUCCCUGGCUGCAUCAAUAUGUGGACUGUAAUAGGAAGUAAGCAUGAGGUACUCGGGGAAAAUCAGGAAUUGACUCAUGCAUUCAUGAUUUUAACUCAACGUGAUGCUACUAUGAUAUUACAAACUGGCCGUGAAAUUAACGAAUUGGAUCAUUCAGGAUUCAACACUCAUGGACCGACAAUAUUUGCUGGAAAUGUUGGGAAUAAUAAAUACAUUGUUCAGGUAUCAACAAUGGGGGUCAGGCUUCUUCACGGUAGUGAACAAAUCCAACAUCUUCCCAUUGAUUUGGGUUCCCCUCUUGUCACAGCUUCUGCAUCCGAUCCUUACAUCCUCUGCCUCUCGGGAGACGGCCAGUUGAUCUUGCUGACAUUGAAAGAACAACGUAACACUGGAAGGCUAGUCAUUUCUAAACCAAAAAUUCAACUGAGACCACAAAUCACAAAUAUAUGCGUUUAUCGAGAUAUCAGUGGAAUGUUUACAAUGACAGCAGAAGAACUUGAAUCAGAAGUCUAUACACUUCCGUCUUCUUUUGUUAUAGAUAAUGUAAAAACGGAGAGUAUUGAUGAUGAAGAGGAAUUAUUGUAUGGUGAAUCAAGUGCAUUAAACAUAAAAAAAGAACAGAACCCUUUACCUUAUACAAACAAUAUUCCACCCAGUCGAAAACCAGCUUGGUGGCGGAGACAUCUUCAAGAGAUGAAAGUGUCAUAUUGGACACUGUUAACAAGAGACAAUGGCCAUUUGGAAAUUUACUCUCUUCCAGACUUAAAGUUGAGCUACCUUGUGGCAAAUGUCAGUUUAGCACAUGGCAUUCUUGCUGAUAGUUUGGCUGCACCGCCCACUUUAGCACAAACAAAUUCUGAUAACGCGCACGCCUUUACUGAACCAGCUAUCAAAGAAAUAUUGCUCGUCGGACUUGGACACAAUGGAAGCAAGCCGCUUUUGUUCAUUAGGCUUGAAAACGAAGUUUUGAUAUAUCAGGCUUAUUCUUACGCCCAUGUUAGCUUAAAUCUAAAAUUCUCAAAAAUAGGAACUUUACUUGUGAAAGAUGUUCUAAGGGCUGACAAAGAUGAUGAUCCUGAUGAUGUGAGGGUAAAUCAAUUACGAUUCUUCAGUAACAUUUCUGGUUACUGUGGAGUGUUUGUUUGUGGUAACAAUCCUUAUUGGGUUUUCUUAACGGCUCGUGGCGAAUUGAGGACACAUCCUAUGUACAUAGACGGACCUGUUAUGUGCUUUGCAGCAUUUCACAAUAUCAACUGUCCUCAGGGGUUCCUUUAUUUCAACAAUAAGGCUGAACUGAGAAUAUGUGUGCUGCCGACUCACUUAUCUUACGAUGCUGCUUGGCCAGUUAGAAAGGUCCCUUUAAGAUGUACCGUACAUUUUGUGACGUACCAUUUAGAAAGUAAAACAUAUUGUAUUGUAACAAGUGUAGCAGAGCCGACAAAGGAAUAUUAUAAAUUCAAUGGUGAAGACAAGGAACUGGCUGUAGAAGAUAAAGAUGAUAGAUUUCCCUUCCCACUUGCAGAGAAAUUCAGUAUUUCUUUAUUUUCUCCAGUUUCUUGGGAAAUAAUUCCAAAUACAAGAAUGGAAUUAGAUGACUGGGAACAUGUCACAUGUUUAAAAAAUGUGAGCCUUGCAUACGAGGGUACAAGGAGUGGUCUAAAAGGGUACAUAUCCGUCGGUACAAAUUAUAAUUAUAGUGAAGACAUAACAAGUCGUGGGAGGAUCUGGCUCUUCGACAUUAUUGAUGUUGUCCCUGAACCUGGACAACCAUUAACGAAAAAUAGAAUAAAAAUGGUCUAUAAUAAAGAUCAAAAGGGGCCUAUAACUGCUAUUACUCACGUUCUAGGAUUCUUAGUUUCGGCUGUUGGGCAAAAGAUUUAUAUUUGGCAAUUAAAGGAUAAUGAUUUGGUUGGGGUGGCUUUUAUUGACACCCAAGUUUAUAUUCACCAAAUUCUCAGCAUUAAAUCACUGAUUCUUGUAGCAGACAUAUAUAAAUCUAUUACUCUUCUUCGCUUUCAAGAAGAAUAUAGAACACUUUCGCUAGUUAGCAGGGAUUUCCGUGCAACUGAAGCUUAUGCCAUUGACUUUCUCAUUGAUAACACCCAUCUGGGCUUCCUUGUUACUGACAGGGAGAAAAAUAUUGUCCUGUAUAUGUAUCAGCCUGAAGCACGUGAAAGUUUUGGAGGUCAGAAGCUAAUAAGAAAAGGUGAUUUUCAUGUUGGACAACACAUAAAUACAUUUUUCAGAAUAAAAUGUAGAACAAGCGAAAUUGAACAAGAAAAGAAACACUUGGCUGGUGUUGAUAAAAGACAUGUGACAGUAUUUGCUACAUUGGAUGGAGCAAUGGGUUAUUUACUACCGCUACCUGAGAAGACUUAUAGAAGGCUACUUAUGUUGCAAAAUCUUCUGAUAACAUAUGUGCCACAUAUUGCUGGCCUUAACCCAAAAGCAUACCGACAGUAUAAAAGUUCAAACAAACUUCUUGGCAAUGUUGCGAGAGGGAUUAUUGAUGGAGAAUUGGUCUGGAUCUACAUCUCCCUUUCCAUUCCAGAACGUCAUGAGAUAGCGAAAAAGAUAGGUACAAAAGUGGAUGAACUUCUUGAAGACAUGCUGGAUCUUGAAAUGUUAACUGCUAGUUUUUAAUUUUUAUAAUUCAUAAUAUUUUACAAUUUUGUACGGUCACUGUAAAUAAUUUUUUUUAUUAUA